ACAGGAUGAGGACUCUGGCACUGGUGGUGCUGGUUCUGGCUUUUACAUCAGCCAAUGCGGCAAAGCCUAGAAGUCAGUUCACACGUUAUCGCUCAUGGAACUCACGGAUGUAUCCUGUUUGGAAAGAUGGAGACCCGAGAUUCAGAAACUGUUGGUUCGGUGGUGAAGUAACCUUUGAUCUUAAAAACGACGCACCCACUCUGACUGGAGCAAGAGCAACCUUCACUAUUAAUCUAAAUUUCCCGCCAAAUCAGACGGUGCUUUCGGACGGGGCGGUGGUCUGGGCGCGUAACUGCACCAUCAACGGGCAACAGUAUCAGGAGGGUCAGGCCGUGUAUCCUGACCAGGACACCGAGCAGACGGGACUUUUCCCUGACGGCACACCGUUCACCAGGAGACAGAACAAGAAACCUCGCUAUGUGUUUGUGUGGAAGACAUGGGGGCGUUACUGGCAGGUGGCAGAUGGACCGUCCUCCUCCCUCACCAUCGGUACAGACAAUGUCCCCCUGGGCUCCUACAACAUGGAGGUUGUCAUCUAUCACUGCCGUGGUAAAGACAAGUUCAUCCCUCUUGGCUAUGCCUCCACAGUCUUCAGCAUCACAGACCAGGUUCCCUUCACCGUAUCACUUGCCCAAGUCAAUGAUGUAAACCAGGAUGACCAAAACUUCAUCCAGAACCGACCCAUUGCUUUUAGCGUCAAGCUCCACGAUCCCAGCCAAUAUCUCAACAACGCCGACAUCAGCUUCAGCUGGGACUUUGGUGACAGCACCGGGACUCUGAUCUCCAGAGAGCACACUGUCACACACACAUACCUCGCUAUCGGGACCUUUAAACCUCAGGUGGUCCUGAUGGCAAGCAUUCCCAAUGGCUGCGGAAACCCCACUGCUGUGGCUCCUAUUGAUGCCUCUUCUGCUCCAGCAGUAGUUGUGAUGGCUUCCACACCUGCAGCUGUCCCAGCAGCACCCGCUGAGGGAGGAGAUGCAAUUGCUCUGGAUGUUCCUGCUUCUGACGCCACUCCACUUGCUGCUUCUGUGCAGCCAGCUGACACAGCCGAAAACACAGAAGAUGGAGAAGCAGUCGUUAAUACAGACGCAGAGGAAGUAGAGGUUGCCUCAGUAGCACCUGCAGGAGUUGAUGCAGCGGUUGUUCCAGAGGAACAAGAUCCUGCCAACACUGCUGCUCCUGCUGCAGAAGUAGAUGUUCCUGCAGAGGAAACAGAUGCUGCAGCAGGAGAAGUGGCCACUGCUGCCCCUGUUGCACCUGCAGGUGAAGACCCAGUAGAUGCCGAUACAGCUGCUGCAGAUGAAACCACAGUGGUGAUAGAUGCAGCUGAAGAAAAUAUACCUGUGAUUGAUGCUGCUGCUUCAGUUGCCCCUGUUGCAGAGGGAGAAGAAGCUGCAGUUGAGGUUGCUGAUGGUGUCACUGUUGCUCCAGUGGCAGAGGAAGCUGUAGAGCAAGAAGCAGAUGUUGUGGCUACCGAUGCAACUGCUGCUGCAGAUGUUGUCCAAGCUGAAACAGAAGCCCCUGCUGAUAAUGUUGUCGCUCCUCCUGCCACUGAGACCACAGCUGUAGAAGAGGUAGCACCAGCUGAUGCCGCAGCUGACACUGAGGCUGAAGUACUGGAAAAUGAGAAUGAAGUUGCAGCUACUGCAGCUGCUCCAGAGCAACCAGCAGGUGAGGAAGAGGCUGCUCCAGCUGAAGGUGAAGUUCAAGCUGAAAUGGAGGCAGAUCCAGCACAAGUUGCCCUUGUUGUGGCUAAAAGACAAGCACCAGAGCUUACAGCUGACUGCAUGGUCUACCGUUACGGCUCCCUCGCCACCUCUGUAGAUGUCGUCCAGGGCAUUGAAAGUGCAGAGAUUGUACAGGUGUCCAAUGUUGUGUCAAUGACAACUGAGUUGGAUCAAAAUGCUGUUGACCUCACCAUUACCUGUCAGGGAAGUCUACCAAGUGAGGUCUGCACAGUCAUUUCAGAUGCUGACUGUAUCACACCGGUAGAAACCGUCUGUAAUGCAGCCUCACCCUCUCCAGACUGUCAGAUGAUCCUUCGUCAGUUCUUCAAUGACUCUGGAGUAUUUUGCAUCAAUGUCUCCUUGACCAACGAUGUCAGUCUUGCUGUGGCGAGUGCUAGAGUCAGUGUAACAGUAGCCUCCGGUGGUUCCCCAGCUGGAACUGCCGCUACAGUCCUGGGUGUUAUGGUUCUUGCUUGCGUCGUCUGUUGUAUUGGUUUGAUGUACAGACGGUUCAAGCAGUACCAGCCACUAAGAGAAGACAAUGUUGUCAAUAACGGAGGCAGCGCAGCGGUAACAUCAGUGCCUUUGUUGUUGUGGAACUUGCUGAGCCGACAGUCGCCAGGAGAAAGUCGUCCACUGCUUCAGGGAAGGAUUGUGUGAAUCCACUAACUUAUCAGCUUUAUACACAUAAUACUCUAUCUGUAGUAAUAUUAUAACUCCCAGUCAAUUUAUUAAACCAGAACCAGUUAAGUGAACCAAGUGAACUGAACUGGCCCAAUGUACAACAUUUGUAAAAAUAAAAAGGAGUCAAGCGUGUGAUUAAAAAAGAAGGUGUAAUAAAAAUGUUAAACAAUUUUUAGAGGAAAGUGAUAUUUAUUUUGACCUACAGUAUUUUUUAUUAAUUGGCACUGAUAGUUUAUAGAAACUAAAACUUAUUCUUUUAUCUGUGACCUACUUAUACUAAACCAAUUGGAAAAUCAACAUUAACACAUUUCAGUUAAAUUGUUUUAAAAUUGUAAUUUAAAUU